ACGCGUAUACAAUUACACAUCAUUUUUUAACCGAGACAGAUGUAGCAUGUUUUUUAAAUAUUUUGUUAUUACAAGAAAGUUAAAUUGCAUGUGAUUUAAUUUUUUUCCCAACGACAGAUGUAUUGAUUUUCAUGAACUUGUUGUAUUCUAUUUCAUAGUAUUCUUUGAAAUAAAUAUGAAAGAAUGAAAUGUUAGACCAUUUGAAAUAAUCAACUUUAAGGAGCUACAAGAAAUAAAGGAAGAAUAUUUGUGUGCUAAUAAAUAUAUAAAAUGUUUGAAUCUCCAAAAAGCCUCCUUGAGGUUUGCAUUGAUUUUAUUUGUAACAAUGUCUUGGAUUUGUGUGAUGUACACCUUGGUGAUACGGAAGAAUAUUCCUCUAACUCAUUGGAUACAACUACUUGUAGUAAAGCAUCUAAUGAUGGAUCGUCAAGUUCUGCUACAAGACUUAGUUUUAGACAUCCAGAUGCGUUUUUACCAGCUGAGAUAUCAGAACAAUUAUUGGCUAACCUUUGUGAGAAAAAAACAUUAUCUGAUUUGACAAUUACACUUUUCAAUUCAAAAUCCACCAGAUUAAGACAUGUACGAUUGAAAGAUGCAUCUACGUUAUCAGCAAAAGGCUUAAAAGUUUUAAAACAACAUAAAGUGGUAGAUUUGAUGGUAAAUGGAUUAAAAAUAACUGUUAAUGAUUUAAUAAGUUGUUUGGGUGAUUGGAGUUUACAAAAUCUUAGAUCACUAAGUGUAGCAAAAGGAAGUUUCAUAGAUUGUUCAAGGUAUUGUGUGGUAGUAACAUUAAGUAAAUUGAGGUCACUGCAUACAUUAAAUGUAUCAGGUACAGAAUUUAAUAAACAUGGUUUGGAAAUAGUAGUUGAGGAUCUCCCUCUUUUAGAAAGUUUAGAUAUUUCAUGUACAAAAGUCGACGACAUAACACCAUUAAAAAAAUGUAAAAACCGUCUAAAAACACUUAAUAUGUAUAAUUUAAAGAUAAAUGAAAGUGCAGAUUUAAUCUCAGUAUUAUUGGAGUUGAAUGAACUAAGAAAUUUAGAUAUCUCAGAUGAAAAAGAUAUGCAUGCUCUUAAUUGUAUGUUAGGGCUUGAGAAGCCAAAAAUAACUGAUUUUUUGAAAGCUGUACAUUGUAUGCCAUAUCUAACUAGUUUAGAUUUAUCUGGUAAGGGUGAUAUAGAUCCAAAAGAUUUAAAAGAAUUUGUUAAAGCUCAUCCAUAUUUAAGGUUUUUGGGACUUGUAAGUACAGAUGUUUGUUAUGAUGACAGUUUAACAAAUCCAACAGAUGAAUAUUACAGGCCUGGACUUGUUGUUACUGGUACAGCGACAGAAUCUCAAAUUUUAGAAGGUCUGAGAAGAUAUACAUGUAGACCACUUUACCUUGAAAAAUGUUUAUUUAAUUUAUUCCGUUUGACACACAAUUUUCUUGAAUCCCGGAUUGAUGUUAUAAAAUUAGUAUUACCCGCAAUGAGAGAACAUCCACAGGAAGUACGUGUACAAGUGCCAUGUACUGCAUGUCUUUAUAAUCUCACUAAGGGUGAAUUCUCCAUCAUGAUUCACCCAUCAAUUCUUAAGCAAGUUGUUGAAUUAACAAUGAUUGCAAUGGAAUGUUAUCCAACUAAUUAUCGGCUCCAAAUGAAUACAUUAUUAAUUUUAUGUAGUGACAGAAUUCUACAGGAAAUUACUUUUGAUAAAUACAGAUGUGCAAGAUUAGUAUUAAAUUCUUUAUUAACUUUUAAUGAACCAUCAAUGAAUCGCAUGUCUGUUGCCAUCUGCUCUAUAUUGGCAGCAAAAAUAUCAACAGUGGAAACAUCUAUGCUUGGUGCUCAACCUCAAUAUAUGUCUAAAUUAUUAGCAAUGGUUAGGACUAAAGUUGAAUCUAAAUCGGUAGACAUAACAAUGAAAUUUACAUUAAGUGCUCUGUGGAAUUUAACUGAUGAAAGUGCUACAACAUGUGAAGUCUUUCUAGAUGAAGGUGGAAUGGAAUUAUUUCUUAAAGUGUUAGAAAGUUUUCAAGGACAAUUUAGUGUUGAAACUAAAGUACUUGGUUCAUUAAACAAUAUAGCAGAGGUGGUUCAUUUAAGACCAAGACUUAUGCAACCUAGGUUCAUCUCUAUGCUUUCUACGUUGCUGACAUCUGUACAUAUUGAUGUAUCUUAUUUCGCAGCAGGUAUUGCUGCGCAUUUGCUUAGUGAUGGUCCACGUGCAUGGGCUGCAAUAUCCUCACUGCCAAGUAGAGAUGAAUUAUUAGAACAAUUAGCUCAUACGAUAACACAUUGGCAAACUCCUCAAGGAGAAAUGGUUGCAUAUAGAAGUUUCCAUCCAUUUUUCCCACUUUUGCGUUGUUCAGAUGCAUAUCCUGUUCAACUUUGGGCAGUUUGGGCAAUACAUCAUGUAUGCACGAAGAAUCCAAAACGGUAUUGCAGUAUGUUAAUCAGAGAAGGUGGCGUAGAAAUAUUAAAAUAUUUGGAGAAUAUGCAUACAGAACAGACAACAAAACCAAAUUUACAAAGUUUAUGUCGAUCAAUUCUUGAAACACUUAAAUUAAAUGUCACAAAUUCUUAAUGAUCACUAUUGCCUUCCAAACAAAAUUUGUUGAAACCACGAAGUUGGUAUACUAGUCAAUGUUUAUCUCAAUGCAAUCUUAUAUCCUGUUCUUUAAACCAAAUAAUUAAAAGUAUUACGUGAACAUGGAUAUUUAUCAAAAAAGGACUGAAAUAAAGCAAGUCCAAGAUGUUGCUAUUAAAUUUCAUAGAUUUAAAUUGAAGACCUGAAUUAUAAAGACUAGCUGUGCAUUAUAAAGUACAUUAUACAUAGAUCUCGUAUUCAAAAAAUAUGUUGCAUGUAUAGAAUAAGUUAUAUUUAAAACUUGAUUAUUAUAAAAGACUAUAAUUCAAUAUUUAAAAAUAAUGCAUUAGAAGAGACAAAUUUUUAAUGUUCCAAUAUUACAGCUAUAUUCUUUACUUGUUAUUUAUACAUUAUUAUGUUGAAUAAAUAUCUAUACGUUUCCUGAAAUCAAUUAAUCACAUAAAAACAAAAUAAUCGAAUCAAUAAGAGUUAAUUUUUGAAGAAUUAACUUAAUUAUCUGUUACAAAUCAUAUUAUUUAAUAUUAUAAAAUUUAAAAACAUAAUUAGUAAUUAAGGUUCCAGUCUAAUAAAUUCAGUAAUUUAAUAGGUUGUUACAAAAUUUGUGAUCUACUGACACGUUUAAAAUGUCUUUAUUUGUAUUAAAAUUAGGUGUCGAAUAUAUCUUGUGGUCGUUAAAAGUAUUAAUAAUGUUAGUAAUGUUAUUUAGAACCUGUAUACAUAAUUCGCAAAUGAAUGUUAUUCGUGUUAACAUGACGAACAAAAUGAUAAUUAGACUAGAAUCUUAUAAAUAUGAUAUGCUUCAAAAAUUUAAUUUUGUUUGCAUUAUGUAGCAAUUAAAAUAUACAAUAGUAAAUAUUUUGAUAUGUUGUAUUUUUAAUGUUUUGGAUUCAGGUCUUCAAUUAUUUCUGUUAUGCCCCACUUACAACCUUUUCAUUAAUUGAAAAUUCUUUAGAAAUUAAUUGUGCAUUUAUAUGCCUUCAGAGAUAUAAAGAAAUAGAAAUUUCUAAUAAAACAAAUAUAACAAUAUUCUAGUUAUAUCUGUUAUUAAAAUAUUAUUAAUUUGUAUGAGAACAAAAUUUAUUCAUCUGAUAAUAUUAAUUGAAUUGUAAAAAUGUCGAUUUAAAUACUAUAAAUGUUAAUAAACGCAAA